AUGCUUCACAACUUGCGAUCUUUCACAUUCAAUUGUUCUGCCAUCAAUGAUGUUGUAGUUGGGGGUUCCCAAGGCCUUGCUAAGUUCGAUCUACACAAACCUCAUCAUUUGGUAGCAUUUGACUAUAAGGGCAGUAUUUCAAAGCUUCACCACACCGCGAAGUUUUUGGCAAUUGGCGGUAUGGAAGGGCUGAUGGAUCUUUUCGAUCCAGUUUCAAACUCUGUGGUGAAGCAAUUCGCCGGCCAUAAUGGUGGCCGUAUCAUCGACAUCGAUAUCCAAGGAAGCUAUAUUGCCACGUGUGGCGAGAGUUGUCGACCAUCCCCUCUGCGCAAACUUGCUGAAUACUAUACCGACCCCUUGGUCAAUAUAUAUGACGUCCGCAUGAUGAAGCCCUUAGCACCAAUCUCGUUCCCUGCUGGCGCUUCAAGUGUGCGUUUCCACCCCAAGCUUCCCAAUAUCAUCAUAAUGGCUCUGAAGUAUGGCCAAAUCCAAUUUGUUGACAUAUACGACCAGCUUAAUGUCUUCGUUUACCAGGUGGACCCGCUGGGACCCCCACCGGUAAAGGGCGCUCCGGCGAGAUUCGCUCACUUGCAGAUUUCUGAUAAUGGUGACUUCAUGGCUUUCACCGAUGGUGUCACUACAAAUAAUUUACAUUUGUGGAGCUAUUCCGCCUUGAACAAGGAUUUCACUAGCUUUCCGGCUCUGCUUGAUCAGCCUGACUUUGUCGCAGACAUUUUGCCCCCACCUAUGAGUGUUGAAGGUGAUGUGCCCCUCAGUACCGUUGGAUUGCCAUAUUAUAAAGACUUGUUACUUUCAAAUUAUGCCAACGACUUAAUUUUCACUAAGGAACUCGCGAAAGUUCCAGUGACGCCAACGUCAGAUAAGCAAGGCUGGCACCCUUAUGACAAACAAAAAUUCGGCCAGCGAAAUCAGAUUCAACCGUAUCAAUCAUUGACUGCAUCUAAGAGCAGUCGAAAGUUUUUGAGCGAACAGAAUUUGACACCCAAUCCUAACGACAGUGGUGCUAAUCAUGUUUUCGACUACACUCUGGCGACCGGGGUGCCACCAUGUUACGCUAAACAUGAAAUUCAAUAUUCUAAAUUCGGCGUUCGCGAUUUUGAUUUCCGCUUCUAUAACCGCUCAGAAGGUCAAUUCUCUGGUUUGGAACUGCAGACCAACAACAGUUAUAUUAAUCUGGUUUUACAAUUGUAUUCUUUCUGCUCGGGACUUUACAACCAUGUCAUCGAUGCAUUGGUCCCAGAGGAUUUGCCCAAUGAUCCUGAUACAAUUAUGAAUGGCAACCCACAAGGAAGUUCUGUACUUCUUGAGACCGCAUAUCUUUUUGAUAUGAUGCAUAAAGCCCUGGGAACCAACGUCGUCAUUGGUAACUUGAGCCAGAUUCUCACAUCCAACAAGGAGGCUCAAGCUCAAGGCUUGGUAGUGGAUGACAAUAUACUUGCACAACUCACUGCCAGCGAUCUUACCAGUCUACUUAUCCGAUUUAAUCACUUUUUUCUUGAUCAGUUGCAGCCACUUGAACUCAUGAAGAUACCAUUUUCGGUAACGUACCAAGGUCAAUGUGGGGAAACUCGAAGUCAUCAAGGUCAACAAUAUGCUCUAGAGAUUCUGACGCCGCCUACAUUGUUCCUGUCAAAUCGUUACCGCCGUCCCACGUCGUUGCUGAUCAUUCAUUACAUUGAGCACUCUUUGAGUCGCUCGGACGAAAUACCCUGUAAUCUCAGUCACAGAAACCACUCUACAGGGGAGCCGCCCGCCCACUUGAUGGAAGUACUGAUGGUCAUCUCCCAGUUGCCUCCAGUUUUGCUGUUGGCACUUUGUCUUAAUAGUGAUGACUUUGCUGCUAUAUCCACUUCCAAAAAGUGGUUGGCACCAUCGUUUUGGGUAGGCCGUCAUCCAAAUACAGGGAAACCUCAAAUAAAGGCGUCUCAAAGCGAGGGUGCUUUCAGCUACAACUUAUUGGGAUACGUUUGUCAGGUAUCCCACGCUCCCAACACACCUGACGCCCGUGGUGUGAACAAUUUGGUAACAUUUGUGAAACGCGAUGAUAAAUGGUGGCUUUUCAAUGAUUUUUUGGUAAUGGAGAUUCCUGAAAGUGAAGUGUUUAACUUGAGUUAUUCUUGGAAGCGGCCGAUAAUGGUAUUGUACACUCGAGAGGAUAUUAAGAAUGUCCCCUAUAAGUACUUUGAUGUUCCAACUUUUGCUAAGAGAAAUGUUGAUGAUUCGAUAAUUUAUCGUGACCAUUUUGCAAGAGGUCUAAGAGAGGAUGCUCAGCGUACGUACACGCUUUUGACUCGCGAGGAAGCGCCUCGACCCGGUACAUUGAUCGCCAUUGACGCUGAAUUCGUGACUUUGAAACCGGAUUUGGUAGAGGUUUUCGCUAAAGGGUAUCGACGUGUCUUGAGACCAAAGCAAUACUCGCUCGCGCGUGUUUCCGUUUUACGUGGGGAAGGUUCAGCAAUGGGUCUGGCUUUCAUCGACGAUUAUAUCGUACAUACCCUGAUCAUUCAUGAUUACCUUACGAAUUAUUCAGGAAUUGAGCCAGGUGAUUUGGAUUUGAAUCAGAGUCUGAAAGGUUUGGUAACCUUACAAACUGCGUAUCGUAAGCUUUGGUUACUCUUGAACAUGGGUUGCAUUUUCGUCGGUCAUGGGUUAUAUAAUGACUUCAGGUGCAUUAAUUUGCAAGUUCCGCAAGCUCAGAUUUGUGAUACAAUUGAACUUUUUUACAAGCAAGAUUUCAAGCGUCAAUUGAGUCUUAAAUUUUUGGCUUAUGUCCUUCUCCAAACUGACGUUCAAACCGGAAAUCACGAUUCAAUCGAAGAUGCCUACACAGCAUUGAUGUUGUUUAACAAAUACCGUCAAUUGAAACGUGAGGGUACAUUUGAGCAGGCUCUAAACAGAAUCUAUGCUGAAGGUCAACAAUUACGCUUCAAGGUUCCUGAAUUGGCAGAGCAAAAUUAA